CUCGAAAUAGCGCUUUGGGCAUGCUGAGUAGUUGAGAAUGCAGGUUGCGAAUGCCAUGGAAGAGCGAAGAGGAGGAGCAGGAGGAAGACAACAGGGGAGAGUAAGAUCAACAGCCAUCGCCAUCGUAUGCGCAGCAGCACUGCUGUUGCUUGUUGUGGGUGUUGAAAGGGAGUCGACCGGGAGCCAAGAUAGUGUAUGGCUUCUCAAGGAGAAGGUUGCGGCGUCUGGAGUGAAGGAUUCAUCCUUUGCCGAGUGGUUCAGGAAACAAUCAGCAGCCAUUUGGUUUGGAAAACGAACCUUCAAACAGAAACUCGCCAAAGAGAAGACAGAAAAACUCUCUCGCUGGCUGACACAGCAUGAUGUGCAUGGGAUGCAGUCGGUGAUGAAGGAAGAGGCAGAGCGUCGCCUCAAAGCAAGGAAAGUUGAGCUGGCCAUGGAGAAGUUGGCUCGCAAGGAGCACUCAGACAAGCUUGCGAAGGCACUGAAGGAGGAGCUAGCGAGCUACAGUGAACUUAAGGAUGUGAGCCGACGAAAGGCCCGCAUCAGUCAAGAACUUGCGGAAUAUCAGCCCAUUCGAACGGAAGGUGAUUAUGCUGACCUGCCAGAAGCUCGGGUUCUGUCAGUCAUCAACAGUCUGAACGACAACUUCCGGAAUCGAUCCAGCAGUGAGAUCAGCACACAGGCAUCACAGGCAAAAGAAACUCCUGAGCAAGAAGCGCAAAGAAAGGAGGAGGAAAGGAAAGAAGCUGAGGAAGUUGCCAAGACAGAGAGGACAAUGGCGUCAACAGGGCCGACUUUGAAGAAGAUGUAUGACGACGUGGUUGAGUUGAAGAAUUCACAGAAAAAUGAUUUGGAUAAGAUGGACAGCAACCUGCAAGCUAUCUAUGAUGAACACGGCUACAAGUCGGCAGACAUUUCCCAGUGCGGUGACCACUGCAUUGAAGUUCAGGAGCAGAAUGUCAAAGAAUCGCAACAACAGUCUGCAAGAGAGGCGCAGCAGAAAGCAAGAGAAGACCAGGAACUGAAGGAUGGGUUCAAAUGA